UGCCAGUGGCGUUUAUCGAAGAUCGCAGCCUGAACGGAGGAGACAUGUCGUCGCAAUUAACUCGGCAGCCCGUGCCCAACGAGCUUCCCCAGCGGACGAAGCUGUCGCCGAUCAAACUCGCGAAGAGCCCGCCGAAUCGUAAGCAGCGCUGCGCGGACGACGAAGCGAGAACGACGAUGCAGAGCAUCGACGAAUUCGACCGGUGCCUCGCGGACCGCGCCGGCGCGACGAUGGGCCUCCCCGCCACCGCCGCCGAGCCGUUCUCGAGUCUCCACACGGCGGCCGACCUGAUCGACGCGGCGCGCGGCGACGCGUACGUUAUAUCCAUGCCAGUGGCGUUUAUCGAAGAUCGCAGCCUGAACGGAGGAGACAUGUCGUCGCAAUUAACUCGGCAGCCCGUGCCCAACGAGCUUCCCCAGCGGACGAAGCUGUCGCCGAUCAAACUCGCGAAGAGCCCGCCGAAUCGUAAGCAGCGCUGCGCGGACGACGAAGCGAGAACGACGAUGCAGAGCAUCGACGAAUUCGACCGGCGCCUCGCGGACCGCGCCGGCGCGACGAUGGGCCUCCCCGCCACCGCCGCCGAGCCGUUCUCGAGUCUCCACACGGCGGCCGACCUGAUCGACGCGGCGCGCGGCGACGCGUACGUGCGCGACAUCCGGCGGCGGCUCUCCGAGACGGCGGAGGCGCGCCGGGAGCGGGACCGGCGGCGGCGGCGCGUGCUCACCGCUCAGCUGGACGCGCACCGCGCCGCGCACGACCGUCUCCGCGACGACGACGCCGUGCGCCGGCUGCUGCGCCGCUCCGUCGAGGAGAUGCGCGUCGCGGCGCGGCUCAUGGCCAUUCGCCGCGAGAAGGAGGCCGUCGUCGCGAACCAACUGCUGCGGGAGCGGCAGCACGGCGAGCGAUGCGAGCGGGACUUCGACGACGUGCUGCGACUCGAGGCGGAGCGUCUCGCGGGGCUGCGGCGCGAGCAGGCGACCCUCGCCGCCGAGCAGCGCCACCUACACCGCUCGCUGCUCGCCGACCGCGAACGCGAGCGACACCGGCGCCACCUGGACCGCUGCGAGGCCGCGGUGUGUGACGUCGUCGACGUGGCGACAAAGGUCGGGGAGUACCGGGAGCUGACGGGCGGCGCGGUGCCGCCGAGGCUCCUGCGAGAGUGGAAGCAGCUGUUCGUAUGCGGGAGGCCGCUGUACGACGACCCCAUCCUCCCCCCGGGGGAGGAGGAAGAGGAGGGGACCCCACCGGCGGCGCCGCGGGACGACGAUCGCGAGAACCUGCUCAACACGACCGAGUUUCUCCAGUACCGGGACCUCCUGGGCGACUGGGCGCCCGAAACCUCCGUCUCCGACGCCGACGACCAAUCGGCCGGGAGCACGAUCCUCGGCUACGUCGCCGCGAGGGUUCUCGGGAUCGUGCGUCCGUCGACGCCGCCGCCGCCCGCGCCGCCGAUGCCGCGCUGCCCGCUCAAGGCGUGCGUCGUCGGGAAGACGUUUGCCGGCAAGACGACGGUGUGCGAGCGGCUGCAACGCGACUUCAACGUUGCCGUGCUGCGGGUGGAAGAACUCGUGCGGGCGGCCGUCGACGCCUACCGGCUCGAGACCGCCCCCGCCGCCGCGGAGGAGGAGGAAGAGAAGCCGACCGACGAUCGGGAAGACGAGGGGAAAGACGACGGUGGGCGCGGAUCGUCGGACGACGUCGGACGAGGAACGGAGGAGGGAAACGCGGGGAUCGAUCCCGCGGGAUCGGGUGACCCAGCGAGCGACGUGCCUCGCAUCAGCAUUGAGCGGGCGUCGCCGGCUGAGGUCGACGUCGAGACGCUCUCGGACGAGGCGCGUCUCGGCGGCGAGGCGCUGCGCUGUCUCGACGCCGGCCGCCCCGUCGACGACCGCAUCCUCAUCGACGUCCUCGCCCGCGCCAUCGCCGCCGUGCCCGAAACAAGAGGCUGGCUCCUCGACGGCUUCCCGACGAGUCUCGCGCAGGCAAAGCUGCUCGAGGAAGCCCUCAGCGGCUACAAGGAGAAGAAGGUGCUCACGGACGAAGACCUGAUCGCAGACGUGCCGGACGUCGACGCGAUACGACGGUCCGUCCUCGUGAAGGGUCCGCUCGCCGCGCGCAAGCUGCCGGCGCCAUCUAGCGGCCUGCACGCGGAGGUGCACAACGUGAGGCUCGGCGGGGGCGGCGGGAGUCCGGGCGCGGCGGACGUCGCCGCGUGCUGCCCCGCCGCCGCGGAGGAGGGCCUGCCGACGAUGCACCAUCGCCUCGCUGCGUUCGCCGACGCGUGGCCGCGCAUGCGCGCCUGGUUCGACGCGUUCGGGCUCGUGAGGGUCGUCGACGGGUCACGCGAGGUCGAGCGGGGUCACCGCGAGGCGGCCGCUGUCGUCUCGGCGUUCCUCGCACCCACGCAGAAGGAGGUCGAGGCGGAGGUUGCCUCGCGGGGGUCGGCGACCCUCGGGAAGGAGAUGGCGGGCCGUCAGCGGAAGGCGGGGGCGGGAGCGAAGGGGGAGAAGCGUGCGGGCGGGGCGCGCUCCCGCAGCAUGAGCAUCCGCGAGCGGAAACUUGACGCAGAGCGAUCGAACGCGAGCGUCGUUGCCGCCGUCGACACGCCGGAAGCCGUGGAUGAGGACACCGUCGCCGCGGCAACCCCGCCUCCCCCGCUGCGGCCGCCGACUCCGCCGCCGCCGGGCGCCGCCGGCUGGCGCUACGCCGACCUGCCGCUCGACGCCGAGAUGGUCGGUGUUCUUGCGGCGCAGUGGCGCCACCUGGAGCGAGCGUACGUGAUGUCGCUGAAGGCGGCGUUUGGCGUGCUGCGGGAGGAGCACGAGCGCAGCUACCGCUACCUGCACCGCGUGCGCCGCGACUUCGCCGCGUUCCUGCGCCGGCUCGACGCGAAGCAGGCGUUCGUCGAGGCGUGGCAGCGCGACUACAACGCCGUCGCUGUGGACGCGCGCGCCGACGUGGAGACGCGCGCCGAGCUGCACCGGCGCGUCGACGCGCUGCUCGAGGCGCUGUGGGACAUCUGCGACGGGCGGCGCGCGGCGGCGGCGGCCGAGCGCGAGCGCGUCGUCACGUGCGGCUGGCUCGACGACCGCGUCGGCAUGCUCGCGAACAUCUUCACGAUCGUCGUGCAGACCGAACUGAACCGCUUCCUCGAGACGCUCUCCUUCGUGAGGGACUACUACGCGUCGAUGCGCGGCGCCACGCCCGAGGUCAGGCCGGGUCAGCCGCCGACGGUCGCCGUGACCGAAUUCGCGGACACGGUAGCCGCGGAGGAUUCGACGGCGGCGACGCCGCGGCAGUGGAACUGCCCGACGCUGAAGAGGACGCUGGAGAGGGGGAGCGGCGUGGAGGAGGUGCUCGAAGAACAGGAGAAGCUCUUCAUGGAAGCGUACAGCGCAGCGAGGAAAGCCGUCGUCUCGCUGAUGGACGCCGAACGCGAGAAGAAAUUCGCGCGCGACUCCGCCGCCGCUGCCGCCGCCGCCGCGAGGGAAGGAGGCACCCCCGCGAAGGAGGCCUCCUCCUCCUCGCCGGCGCGCACGGAGGAGGAGGUCGCGGAAGAGGAGUGCUUCGCAGCGCUUCUCUCCGAAGAGCGUCGCUUCCUUGCAUGCGCCGAUGUCGCUCGGGCGCGGGCCGUCGCCGUGCUGCGCGACCUGCAGGCGCGCGCUGCCGCCGUCUACGCCGCCAUGUACGAGGGCGUGGAGCGACGCUACUCCGCAGAGAUGGCGAGCAUCGAGACGCUUAGCGGCGUGGCGCGGCGCGCGAUCGAGGGCGGCCGCCCGCUGCAGGCCGAGCUCACGCUGCGCCAGGACGGAUUCUUCAUCGCCGACGACGUGCGCCUGUUCGCGUCGCCGCCGCCCGCGCCCGCGCCGCCGCCGCGAGAGGUCGCCACCGCCGCAGGGUUCACCGUCGCGCAGGUGGCGGCGGCGGCGAGCGGUUUCGCGCGCGAGGCGCCAGGGGGCGCCGUGUCGGCGCGCACGUUCAUGGACGUGCUGCGCGACCUGAGCGCGACAACGGGGCCGCGGCGCGCGCUGCCCCCGGCGUGGAUCAACCUCCCCGCCGCGCGCCUCCGCGGUCUCGUCUCGCUGCUCUGCGCCGACGGGCGCGCCGUCGACUGGCGGCGCUUCGUCGUCGAGGCCGCCGCGCCGCCGGCGCCCUCUCUCGAAGAGCUCCUCGCGGCGCUCGCGGCGUUCCGGCACGCCGACUCCGGCGGGCGGGUCACGCGGGACGAGUACGACGGCGUCGCGCUGUGGUUCGGGGGUCCCGAUGCUGCGCCGCCGCCCGACGUCUUCGAUCGUGCGAGCGCGAUGAAGGGGGCGCUUUUCGACAUGUUCAGCGACGGACAGGGGGCGCUCGAGUACCUGCCGUUCCUCCUCUACCUCGGCGCGGCGGCGACCACGGCCGCGACCCCGCGAGAGUCGCUGCGCCGCGCGCUCAGCCUCGUCGCUGGUGCCCCCGUCGGCACGCACGUCGCCGUGGCGACGCUGCGCCGGCUGCUGUCACUCGCGCGGCCGCGGAGGGCCGCCGACGACAACGAUGAGCGAAUGUUCGAGCAGCUGUGCACGGAGUUAGGGGGCGCCACGGCGGAGCUAGGGGGCGCUGCGGAGGUGCCGUUCGCGGGCCUCGUGGAACAUGCGUACGUGCGGCGCGUGCUCGGUAAGGCUCCGAUGCUGACCCGCGUUGACAUAUACGCCUACCUCGCCCGCGAGCAGGACGACAAAUGA